UUGUGUGGUGUCGCUUGGGUUCAUAUUUCUGCUAUGGAUGAUUCUUUGAUUGGACAAGACCAAGACGUAGAUAUCGGCUCUAGUCUCCGAGAAUCUGAUGAAAAACACUCUGUCCUGUAUCGCGAGCGAAGAGCCGUAAAAAAGAAUGCAACCCCCAAGCAAGACUUUGAAAAACGACUGAAGAUCAUGGAAGAGAGGCGAGUCACAGGACACGUACCUUUGUUGUUCCGAAAGCUAUCAAGCAGAAAAAUCAGUAGCAUCAAAUUUACUUUCUGAUCUUUUGAUUGAAUAACUGAUUAGCACUUUAACCUGAACAAAAAUUUUAACCAAAAUCACAUGUUUUACCGCGCUUUAUAUUGUUUCUUCUUUUCGCGGUGGAGCGGUUUUUCGCGAACUGAAGAAAAACCGUGUGUUACAAGGAAGCGAAAAUCUUCGCGCCUUUCCCUUUUGGGCAUCCAUUUUUCUGUUAUAAUAUUUAUCAUGUAUAUCUGUACUAUUAACAUAAUGAGUAUUGCCCAACAAAGUACAUUAAACAUGCAGGACUCUAACCCGCUUUAAGGUACCCUGUUCCUUCCAGGCGUUAAGACAGUGGAGACAGCGUAAAGAGGAGUCAGAAAAACAGACUUCGCACCGCACUCCACAAUCUGAACGCCUAGAACAGGCUAGCUUUGAGGCGUUAUAUUUAGCGAGAACUUUUGUUCAAUGGUCUCUUAUCUUAUUGGGAACAACAAAGGAUAUUGAGUUUAUUGGGAGUGUUUUUGUAGGUUUUGGUUUUGAUUUUGUCUUUAAACGCUCAUUCAGCACAACGUUUCGUGUGUUUCUUGUUGUUGCGGAGAGUCACUCAUUUUUAAACACCCUCAUUGAAAAUCUUUUCUCCUCUUUUGCAGGCAUAAUGAGAGUACAAGGCGAUUGCAGGAAAUAGAGAAGAGGUUUAAUAUACGGGUUUUGUCAGUUCAUUAUGUGCAUUUCGUUUUUAUAACGUUCUAAAAAAAGCUUUAAUUUCAUACGUUUAUCCUUUAUCCUUUGGAGAGACUACAUUUCUUAUGAAGAUUGAUCAUGAAAACAGUCUCGCUGAUAUAGCAAGCAUUUCAGUGGCAUUAAGGGCUGAUUCAGUGAAGGUUCUUUCGGGCAUUAGGAAUUGCGCGCUGGAAAGCAAUUGUUUAGUUGUUACCCAAGAACGAAAUCAUUGAGGGCAGUGAGUUCCGUAUGUACAAAGGCCCAAUUUUCAGCAACCGUUAUUGAAUUAGGUAUAUACAUUUAUCUAUUGUAUCCCUCUGCUGGCUUAACAUAAACCUAAUGCCUCAGCUAAAAUUUGACUUUUGUUAUUUCUUUGAUCUUACCCAGACUUGAUGCCCUUCUGCGCAUACCGCCUCCUCGAUCUGGAGACUUAUACGCUUCUCUUAUGGGUUACCUUUUAGGUUGGUGUAUUGUGUGAUUAACUGUAUUGUAAUGAGCAAUCACUGCAGACACUGGAAAUUGCUAAAACAAUCCAGCAAUCUAAUAAACGGGCAGCGAAUGCCUAAAGAGCUGUGCCAGGAAAGAAAUUCAGCCCAAAGGACCUGGCCCAAAAAAUAAAGCGAACGUUAAACCCAUUUAACCCUUGGAAAGCAUAUUUUGUCACCACGGACAAAUGUUCCCACUUAUUUUAGCGAUGCUGGACUCGAUGGUGUAAAAAUUGCGAAAAACAUGUCUGCGAUUACCUCUUACCCAGAGGUCCCUCUCUCUCGAUGAAAAUUUGCGCGCAAAGGAAGGCGGGAAGGAGAAAACUGCCAAGACAUCGCUUCUCCUCUCUUCUUUCACCUUCCCAUGAUCACUCGCGCUUCGUCACCAGUCACUCGCGUUUCGCCCCCGUUUCUUUUCGAAAAACGAAGCGCCUAAGGAGGAGGCAGUGUCUGCGGCAUGAUUCCGGGAAACUGCCCAGCUACCCCAUCCCUGUAAUCCUUUUUUUUUUACUCUCUACUCUAGGACAGCGUGGUCAAAAUACAGGCAAGGAGAGAGUUGGACCACCUGGCCCUCCUGGAUCACCUGGACCAACUGGAUUGCCUGGACCAUCAGGCCCCAAAGGCACACAAUGAAAUAGUCUAUCUUAAAAAUAAAAUAAAAAUAACCUCAAUAACUAAAAAUAAAUUUUCCACCAAUCGCGAUACAGUAACACCCUUUCCAUACCCUCCUCUUAAGAAAAUGAAAACCAAGGCAAAAAUGUGUGCUAAGAGCACUUUGCUUUGCAUACGUUAAAGAUCAGAUCGCAAAGACAGCAAACCAAAAUCGCUCAGACAAAUGAUACCGUUUAAAAACCCUAAGCUUCAGCACCAUUUCUUUAUAGGGGAACAGGGGAAACCUGGCACCAACAAGCCAUGUCCAGGCCCUCCAGGUCCUAAGGGAGAUCAAGGACCUGUUGGAAAGACUGGAGCCAAAGGACCUCAAGGACCUAAAGGGCAAAGGGGACAGGACGGGGCUGGCAGUUCAGGGGUGAAGUAUGUGCGCUGGGGAAGGACCACAUGUCCUAGCGGGGCACAGAUAGUCUAUAAAGGUAAAGAGACAAAAAAACGCACUGAGUGCUAAGGACAAGACCGCGAAAAAAAAGUUGAAAGCUACUCCUAUAAACAAGUUCCUAUUCCCUGAUAAUUCAAGCAUCUGGUGAUAGAUCAGUUUUUGAUGCUGAUACCUAAGCUGCAGAUAAGCGCACUUUGACAAUAUUAUUGGAUGAGGUUUUUGUGAUAUCCGGAAUCAGUAAUCAAGGUCGAGGUACUACGGUUCUGAAAGGCAAUCUAGACAACAAAUUUCUAAGGCUAUAGGAAAUUACAAGCAAACAAAAUACGGAAUAAGCGACUAAUAGAAUAGGAAAUGUGGAUUGAAAAUGUCUUACAUACCUAAUUGGUGAACUUUAACGCCAUGGAAAGGGCGCGCAUGCAGUUGAACUGUAAUAUACAAACUAGCUACUAGCGUAAGUCGCUUAUAAUAAGGCAAAUUAGCAUAACAAGCUUACAAUGUGGCUUUAAUGAGUGUUUGUGAUUAUUCUCCGUUUGCUUCAUUCAGGUAGAAUGGGUGGACAGUUUUUCGUUCACAGUGGAGGCGGUUCAAACUACCUUUGCCUUCCACAUAAGCCAAAGUAUGACAGAUACAGAAAUGGCGUCCAGGGUGGGGGAUAUAUCUACGGCACUGAAUAUCAAGUAAGUGCGGUCGUUGGCACUGUUUUCAAAAGAAAUAUCAAUGACCAUGAUGCUCCCUGUGUUGUCUGCUUUGUCAAGUCACGUGGCUCAAUGCUACUGAUGCCCGCCAGGAAUGACUGUCCGUCUGGAUGGACCGAAGAGUAUCAUGGGUACCUGAUGACUGAACACGCCAGUCAUGCACACUCAACAGAUUUUAUCUGCCUUGACGGGGACCCAGAAUAUGUUCCUGGUAGCCAAGCAAACAGAGAUGGUGCUUUGCUGUACCCUGUGGAGGGUAGAUGCGGCUCGCUACCGUGUCGUCCUUAUGUUGAGGGUCGAGAGUUGACAUGCGCCGUGUGCACCAAGUGAAGCCCCUCGUGAAACAAAAGUAAUAAACAGUAAUUUCAUAAAUUCCCAGCUCUUAAUCACAC